UGUGGCAGGAAAGUUCACGGUGUCCUGGCAGCAGGAAGCUCCCUUGCUCCACCCUCUGCCCAGCACAGCGGCUCCCUGAGCUCGUCGAGGAUUUGCUGCACCACAUCUGCCAGCGCCAGCGACCUGCUCUGUGCGGACACUCGGGGGGGAGCGGGACCCUCGGCAUGAAGCACUUCUCCUGGGAGCCCCGGGCAGCCCUCGCUGUGCUCUUCCUCGCCGCUGCCCUCUGGGAUUCCUGCUCAGCAGCAGCUGAAGACAUCUCCAAUGUUUCAACAACUGAGUAUGAACCACCAUGUCUUAACGUGAACUUCUGCAGGCAAGCGGCCACGUGCUGCCCUUCGGGCAUGGAUGACUACGGGUGGAUCGCAGCGGCCGUCGGCUGGAGCCUCUGGUUUCUGACCCUCAUCCUGCUCUGCAUGGACAAGAUCAUGAAACUCCGGCCUGAUGAACCCAAAUACUUGGGGGCCUGAAGCAGAGCAACCAACAAGCGGCAGCACUGGGGAGCAGUGAGGCGCAGGCAGACUGACAAAGCAUUUCAAACACUUGUUAAGAAAUAAAAAAGAAAGGGGAAGCAUCUUCAGCCAAAAAAAGGCAGAUCUAAGCAGGGCAGCUUCACCCUCUCUGGCAGGCUGGAGCUGCCAGCCAAGGUGUGCCAAGUCCCUGCAAGCCACCACAUAUGUGCUACAGUGCAAAAAACCCUACUUUUCCCUGAGCCCUCUUUGUGUUUGCUGUGAGCACAACAGCAGGAGGAGAGGCUGAGGGACCAGUUACCAGCCUAUAGCACACGGCCUUGAGACAACCUGCUGCAUGACCUUUGGGUUUGACACAGAAAGUGAGCAAAUAAAGCUAUUUUCUGGAGCAUCAACAUUACCAGAGCCAGUACUAAGCUAUAGGCCAGGUUACAUCAGUAAUCCAUUGACUUUACUUCUUCCUUCUCACUCACUAAUCUGCAAUAUUUUAAAGUCUAUAAAUUGAUACAUGGAAAGACUCUUAUGGAAACUUAGGGAUGGUUUGAAAGCAAAACUAAUUUUCCCAGAGCCAUUUAGAUGUGAACUGUGCUGCAGGAAUCCAGUGUUGGUUGUAUUUGUACAGCUUUCACCUGCCUGAGAAACUAAGCCAAGCUGAAGUGUGACAAGAAGGUUUAAACCAGCAUAACCAAUUCAUGCACAAAAUUAUUCCUAUUUAUAUGAGGU